GCUUCAGAUAUGUAGAGAACAGGCAUUUCAUGUGCCGCGAUGGUAGAAGGGUGAAGGGGCGGGAGGGUAGGAAACAACAGACAACAGGAAUGUUAAAAGAAAUAGAAGACAUAGCCCUGCUUAUGUGAACUUAAAAUCAUGGAAUUCAUCACCAACCGGAAAUGAAAGUAUUUGAAAACAAAUUUUAAAAUCCUGCUGACCGUUGAAUUUGACCAGCACUCAUCGCAACACUAUUAUGCAGAUAUUAUCCUAAACCAAGAAGAAUAUCUAAUAGGGUUCCUGCAAAGACACUGAACAGAAAACAAAUUAGAAUAUAAUAAGUGCUAAGAAGGGACAUGAGGAGAUCUGUGGGGGACAAAAGUCUUUGUUGGGAAACGCUUAUAGAGAGAGAUGGUUGAUUAACGCAUGAAGACACUUCAGAUAGGGAAGAUACCUUGCAGCCAUGGCUUUGGAGCAGGUGACAUCUAAAGGGACUGGUUUAAAUCCUAAUGCCAAAGUAUGGCAAGAAAUUCCUCCUGGAAAUCCUGAUGCCACUCCUGUAACUCAUGGAACUGAAAGCUCUUGGCAUGAAACGGCAGCCACAUCAGGGUCUCAGACUGAGGGCAAUACAGAGCUUUCAGAAGACAUGUGUAAAGAAUAUGAAAUGAUGUAUUCUCCAUCUUGUGAAACCACGAGAAAUACUACUGGCAUUGAAGAACCAACUGAGGGAAUUAUUUUAGGACCCGAAGAUAUGAGUUACCAAAUAUAUGACAUUUCUGGAGAAAAUAGUUCGGCAAUUUCUGCAGAAGAUCUAAAAGAAUGUCUGAAGAAGCAGUUAGAGUUCUGUUUUUCACGAGAAAAUUUAUCAAAGGAUCUUUACUUGAUAUCACAAAUGGAUAGUGACCAGUUCGUCCCAAUAUGGACAGUUGCCAACAUGGAAGAAAUAAAAAAGUUGACCACAGAUCCUGAUCUAAUUCUUGAAGUGUUGAGAUCAUCUCCAAUGGUACAAGUUGAUGAGAAGGGCGAGAAAGUGAGACCAAGUCAUAAACGUUGCAUUGUGAUUCUCAGAGAGAUUCCUGAAACAACACCAGUAGAGGAAGUGCAAGCUUUGUUCAAAAAUGACAACUGCCCCAAAGUGAUAAGCUGUGAGUUUGCACACAAUAGCAACUGGUACAUCACCUUCCAGUCAGACACGGAUGCACAACAGGCAUUUAAAUACUUGCGAGAAGAAGUUAAAACAUUUCAGGGCAAGCCAAUAAUGGCAAGGAUAAAAGCCAUCAAUACAUUCUUUGCUAAGAAUGGUUAUCGAUUAAUGGAUUCUAGUAUGUACAGUCAGCCCAUUCAAGCUCAAGCACAGUAUGCUUCACCAGUCUUUAUGCAGCCUCUAUAUAAUCCUCACCAACAAUACUCAGUGUAUAGUAUUGUGCCUCAGUCUUGGUCCCCAAGUCCUGCACCUUACUUUGAAACACCACUGGCUCCCUUCCCCAAUGGCAAUUUUGUGAACGGCUUUAACUCACCAGGAUCUUACAAAACAACUGCUGCUGCUAUGAGUAUGGGUCGGCCAUUCCAAAAAAAUCGUGUGAAGCCUCAUUUUAGGCCAUCCAGUGGUACAGAACACUCAUCAGAGGGCUCUGUGUCAUUGGGGGAUGGACCAUUGAACAGAUCUAGUUCAAGGAACUUUGCACCUGAACGACAUAACCCUUCAGUAACAGGGCAUCAAGAGCAAACUUACCUUCCAAAGGAGACUUCCACUUUACAGCUGGAACAAAAUGGGGACUAUGGUAGGGGCAGGAGAACUCUUUUCAGAGGUCGAAGACGACGAGAAGAUGAAAGGAUCCCACGACCCCAUCCUUCAUCUGAAGCAAAGUCUCCAACACCAAAGUUUGACUUAUUAGCUUCAAAUUUUCCUCCUCUACCUGGGAGUUCAUCAAGAAUGCCAGGUGAACUCCUUUUGGAGAAUAGAAUGUCUGAUGUUAUUAAAGGUGUCUGCAAAGAAAAGGAGGAUGAAGAUUUGAGAGUUAGUGGCCCAGUGCCUGCAGAGGAUGAGCAGACAGACUGCACCUCAGCCCAGCAACUCAGUAUGAGUACCAGUCCUCCAUGUGCAACUGAACUUCCUGUGUUAAGCACAACUCGGCAAGAAAAGGAUACAAUAAAUGAUUCCACUGUUCAGAAGGAUGUUCUCAAUCAGAUGACUACACCAGUUUCUACCCCGAGUCCUGCAAAGCCAUCAAGAGCGAAUACAGCUUUACCAUGUAAUAGUAACAUAAAUGUACCCACAGCUGUGCCCCUACAGGAACCCCGCAAGUUAAGUUAUGCUGAAGUAUGCCAGAAACCUCCUAAAGAGCCAUCUCCAGUUCUUGUGCAGCCCCUGCAGGAACUUCGCUCCAAUGCAGUGUCUCCCACCAAGAGCCAAGAGAAUGGAGCUCCUGAGAAGUCUGUUGAGAAACCACAGGAGAAGCCAGAAGCAAGGGCUAGUAAGGAUUAUUCUGGCUUCCGAGGCAGUACCAUCCCUAAGGGAGCUGCUGGAAAAAUCAGGGAACAGAGACGCCAGUUCAGCCAUAGGGCUCUACCUCAGGGAGUGACUCGACGUAACGGCAAAGAACAAUAUGUGCCACCCAGAUCACCAAAGUAAAACCAAACAGAAACUACUCAAAAACACUCUCUUCCCAUUAAACUUGAGCCACGGCUGUUUGAACUGCUUUGGAGGGGAAGGAGUAGCCAGGAAGGAUAUAGAAAGUAUGUCCUUAAAUCAUUACGGAUUUUGGAGUUGUGAGCUGUAGGAUCCCAAAAUUCAUCUCUAAAGUGAUUUUUAAAUGCUGGAGGAUUCUAAUCAAUAUAAAUAUACAUAUAUAAAUAUAUAUAUAUACACAUAUAUAAAAAUAUAAUUUUUCUAUUUUUGUUUUUGAUUUUAAUUUUCAGAGAUUUUCUGCCUGGAAUCAGUUUUGAGGGUUCAGAUUUAGCUUGGGGGAGAACCAUUCAUCCUUCAGUAUAGGAGAUGAGGGAAUGAGAGAAAAUAUUUUUUGAAGAAGCAUUUCUGUAAAAAUUAGAAAUUACUUUUUUUAAUCUAUUUAAAGUUUGGCUUUGAGAAUGCCAUCUCCGACUACAUGGCCUUGUGGUGCCAAGCAGGUGGGUGGCUGGGUGUCUGUUGUUGGUGGGAGCGCGUGCGAGAGUGAUUUCAGCCAAAUUGUUGUCAUGGGAGUAAGUGAUUUAAAACUGAAUGUAAUACUUGAGUAGAUUUUAGUUUGAGAUUUAAUUGUCUUUUUGACUUUACUAAUAUUUCAUUUAACAAGCUGUUAAAGCACUGACUGUACUUGGAGAUGUGACUACCAAUCAGUUUGAUGCUCAAGGAAGGAAUAGGGUUACUCAGAAUAAAUUUAAAUUUCAUUGUUGACCUGAACAAGUCAAAUGGAUUUCAGAGAUUUGAAUUCAUGCCCGCCUCUUCAGAUGGGAAGUAGAAUUUUUUCUUUUUACUUCAUGUGUCAUUCUGUUCCUUGACUGCCCAUCCUCAGAAGCAGAAUAACCAAUCACCUAUUAAAUUGUACAUUUCUGACUGCUUUGACCAGUCUAGUCAAAUCAUAUAACUAUUGUAAAUUUUGGAAUUGAAUGAAGUAUUUUAUUCUUCUGUUCUCAUACUUAGAAAUGUAGGUCCCAGAUUUGUAGGUCCAGCUGCCUCUUUUGCAAUUUGUAACUUUUUUAAAGUUUAAAUUGUAUUCAAGAGAAAAAAUUUUAAAGGAUUAGAGAACUUUUUUUGUCUUUAGUUUAUUACCCUCCUUUAGUCCCCUUUUCAAAAAAAAAAGUUUGAAAUUCACUGAAUCAGAAAAAGCAAGUCAGGGCCAGGGAUAUUGCUCAGUAACACAGACGCCUGCCUGGCAAGCUCAAGGCCCUGAGUUCAAUUCCCAGUACCAAAAAAAAGAAAAAAAAAAAAGGAAGUCAAAGAUAGUUUAAGAUAAGAUAGGAAAAAUGAUUGAAGGAAAUGAAUGCAUAAUUUUUCAGUGAAUAAAAUUGUAGCUGUCAUAUCAAAUAGGGAAGUUUACAUGCUGGUAUUUAGAAAAUGACUAAAAUAUUAAAAAUCAUGUUACAUUAAUCUGUUUUGAGUCAUACCAUGUUCAGAGUUCUGUGUAGGGUGUGGUUUUCUUUUUUUCUUUUUUGGGGGGAUAGUUUGUAAUAGAACUGUCCCUUAUGUUAGUGACUUACAUAUGUACAAAUUGAAACUGUAAAUUGUGAACACUGGAAAGCACCAUUGUGACAUAGAAUAUAAACAUCUUAGUAAUAUAUUAAAGUGAAUGUAAAAGGAGGUAAAAUUACAUUACUGUGAAAUUCAUCUUCCAACUCUAGGUUCAGCUUUGGAGAUUUCUGUUAGUGGGUAACUGUUGAGAGCUUGGAAAACACUGCACAUUUCUGUUCACGCCAGAAUUAUUAUUUGUAACUUAUUCAGCUUGGCAGUUGCUUAUGAUUUAGUGGAUUGAUAAAAUGGCAUAAUAUAUUUACAUAGUUUGAAACUAUUCAUUUCUACAUUCUAUUUUUAAAAAUCAUCUACUAGAUGAAACAAUAAACUACCUGUGCUACAAUUUUGGAGUUUAGGUCCUUUAAAAAAAGAAUUAAUAAUCAUUGGCUACAUCUAUGAUAAAAGUGAUUUUGAUUUACUUAGAUAAUGCUGCAGUUGGUGGAAAUGAUAAACAUUUAAAAUGUUAACACCCUGUGAAUGCAUUGGAUUUAAGAGAAUAAACUUUUUGUAAAAAUCACUUGUAAAGAUUAUAAACUUAAUUACUGCAUUUAAAAUGAAACCUGUUUUUUCUGCAGCGUGUCACAGGUGUAGGCUCAGAUUACUUGUAUGCUUGUGUGAUUUAUUGUUAGUCCACCAAGUUCUAUAUAUCUAAAGAUUCUGUUUUGUUUUGCUUUGUUUGUGGUGCUCGGGAUCAAACAAACCCAGGGCCUCACCACAUGCUAGCUAAGGGCUUCGCCAGUGAACUGUAAAACCCUGGUCCUGAAGAUUCUAACUGAAACACAGGAAAGGGGUGUUUUUUAAAGGAAGUAAAUGUAUUCUUUCUUUUCUCUAGACAUUGAAAGUAGAAGUUUAACGACACGACCAGUUUUUAAUUUGUUUGAAAUCGUAGUAUUUUUAAAAUAACUUGCCUCAUUACGUGUAAUAGUUCCCAUUUGAUGGGAUAUAUAGGGAAGAAUGUAUGUGCGUGUGUAUGUGUAUAAAAUAUAUAUAUUCACAGUCUGUAUUUAGUGUUUAUUUUAUUAUAGCAGAUUUAAGGUUUGUAUCCAAAUGAUGCCUGUGAGUUAUGUGAUACUGUUGACUUUUUUGCAGCAUUACUCUGAUGAGGGUGAGUGUUUAUUCUAGUUCAACUAUUUAUUGGUUCUUUAGAUGGUGGAAUUUAAAUAUCAAAUUUUUCUCUUCACACUUACAGCUCAACAUUUCCUUGGGCUCUUGAAACCUCAAAGUAGGUAGAAAUGAUAAUGAAUAUGGUACAGUGACCUGCCAUAGUUCUUACUGCAUGAAGAGAAAAGCCACACAGUUUCGUCACCUUGCACUGCAAAGAGAAGGUACAUAGGGGCGUUGUAAAACCUGUCUCCAUUUUCUGUUUUGGUAAUUAAGAUUUUCAUAGUAUCUAGAAUCAGUCUCUAAUCUGAAUAAUCUUAGUUUUGCCAAAUAUAGCCACUGGCAUUUAAAAUAGUGAUCCAUUUAAAUUACUUUCUCAACUGCAUUUUGAAGGAAGAUAAGACCUUUCAGUGAUAUGGGUUUGUUGUCUUUUUUGCUUAAUUUGCAGGUGAUGAAAUGACAUGCAGAAGUCUAAUUUAAUUUUGGUAAAUAAGGCUAGCUUGGAUAUUGUUUCACAUUCCUUUUUUCUUUGAGGGGGCACUGGGAAUCGAAUUCAGGCCCUCAAGCUUGCCAGGCAGGCGCUGCACCACUGAGCUAAACCCCUGGCCUCUCAUUCUUCUUUUUAAAGAAAUAAAUUUGCUUUGUAGAAGUCUUAAUGAUGGAAUGUUAGCAUCAUCAUCACUAGUGUAAAGGAGAACAAGAAUAACAUUGCUGAAACAGAAAAAUAGUAUUUAAAAGUUACUGAACACUUUAGUUGCAUUAGUUAUGGCCUUAAUAAUUAAGUCUCUUGGUUUAUAUAGCCACUGGUUUUACCUUGAAACUGCAACACUGGGGUUAAGUCUCUGAUAUUUGCGUUGGCAAUAUACAUUAACCAUAUUUUUAAAUGUACCAGGUUUUUUUAAUAGAAAAGGUAAAACUCAAAUGAGAGCGGUGUAUUCCUUCUGAGGGAUUUUUACAAAUUCUUAAAAUACGAUGGGGUUUUUUUCUAAUUUUUUAUAUUUCCUUACAAUUUUGUGGCCAUUAAUUUAACUUUUUUGGUAUAUGCUAAUGUUGCUAGACUGAGCUUUCAAGAAGACACACAGACAUUUCCAUUUCAUUAGCUAACUGACGUUUUAAAGUUGUGAAUUUGUUUUUUAAGUUGAGAGUAAAUUCUCUUUGGAAAUUCACCUGAUAACUUCAUGUUUAUUCUUAAAAGCUAAGAAAUUUUUAUGACUUUGAUUUUGAUAGUUCCUAAAAGUACAACUCAUAAGACAAUUACUGACAGCAUAUUAAAUGGUUUUAUUUACAGUUUUGCAGUAGAAAAUUGAUUAGCAUAUGGAAAAAAAUAUCAACAUCAGUGUUGUUUUUUUUUUUAAACGUGUCUCAAGUGACGCUUCUCAAGUGUUGGGGUGUGGUGAAUCAGAACCAAUUAUCCAACUUCUAUCCAUUGCUUAGGUUCGUUUCUGUUGUCAAAACUGCCCCCCACCCCACCAAUGGUAUGACAUAUGCUCAUGCAUAAAAUGUUAAAAUGAGUACAUCCUUGUAUUUGUAUGUUUUCAACAUUGCCAAGGUGCUAUGGGAAAUUAACAAAAUUAGAAAAAAAUAAAAUUAUUAAAAAGCA